AUGGAUGGGAACACGCCGAAAGGCUUCAGUUUGGAUAAAUGCCCACAACUGGUGGUCUUAACAAAAAAGGGAACAUACAAGAGACUUCUAGGAGGAUCGCUCCAAGAUUCAAGGCAUCACUGCUUUUGUUAUGCGAGAAAUGCCCGGAAAGUCGCUCUCUCCAGCAACCGAAGGAAGGGGGUCCCGGGCCAGCUCUCAGCCCCCGCGUGCGCGCGCGCACACGUAGGUCCCUGCGUCCCGCUGCGGGAAUGUAAGGAAGGAGCAGCGCGCGUGGCAAUAAAGAGGGGACGAAGGGCACGCGGGGACUCCCCAGCCUCGAGGGCGGUGAUUUCAGAACCGUCCCUUCCUCAACCGCUGCGAGAAGGGAAGAGUAAGAGGAGCCAGGCGCUUCGUUCCCCCAGCCCCUGGCUCCGACCCACCCACAGCGACACCACGACGCUGCCGCGCGAGGUCCAUGUCCUGAGGGGGAAGGGGGACUUUACCUGCCGGCGUAGCUAUGGAGAAGAUGGCCUGAGGGUGAUGCGUCCGGCCCGCGAUGGGAAGAGGGCAAGGAAACGACCAGACGCGGCUGGAACGGCAGCAGCUCGGCUGGACUGGGGCGGCUGGGGCGGUCUGCGGACUCAUCCCCCGGGGCCGGGGGCGAAGGCACCGGAGCUCGAGAGCCUGCGAGACCGGGCCGGCCGUGCGCACGCAGCCGCCAGGAGCCUCGUGCCCGCCCGCGCGCGCGUGCGCUCCCGCGCCUGUGCGCGGCCCUGCCCCCGCCCCUGCCCCGAACUCUCCUAGCCCCCCCAACCAGGCGAUGGGAACAGCUGCUGCGGCCCGAGCCGGCUUAGGCCCACCUGCUCCCCUAACCUCGCCGACUGUCGCACCCAGCCCUGCCUGGACUCUUCUCCCUCUCUUUCUCAGUCUUCCCCCGCGCGAGCUUUGGCGGGGGCUGGGCACUGCCCGCUCUGGUUGGACGCCUGGCUGAGUGACGUCAGGCGCCACUGCCCGCCGAUUGGUCUGGCUGGCGAUGCGUGCAGGAUUAAGAAACUGACAUCUCAGAUGACGUCGAGAUUUGUGGGGCACCCAACUCGUAAACUUCAAAGUUAAGAGAGGAAUGCUAUUAUUAUUCCUGGUUAACAAAUGAAGAAAUUGAAACCGACAGAAGUUUAAAUAAUUUGCCCAGGGGCAAUUCUGAGGUGAGAUUUUAAACUUGGGUCUUCCUGAAUCCAGUUGCAGCAGUCCAUCCACUACUGCAGCCCCACUCCUAGCUGCCAGGGAGCAUUUAAGUUUCUGCUUGUGUGUUAAGUAGAUAGAUAUACGAAGAAAGGCAAAAAAACAGGAUCCCUGCUCUCAAAGAGCUUACUUUCUAAUGGGAAUGACAAUAUUAAAAAAAAAAAUCAGAAUUUAGUCCUGGAGCAGCUGGGUGGCUCAGUGGAUUUAGAGUCAUGCCCAGAAGGUCCUGGGCAAGUCAUUUAACCCCCAUUGCCUAGCCCUUACCACUCUUCUGCCUUGGAACUAAUACCCAGUAUUGAUUCUAAGACAGAAGGUAACGGUUUAAAAAAAUUAGUCUUCAUUCACUGCACUAAAUUUCCUCCGAGAAAGGGCUUGAAGACAACAUCCUAAAUAAUUGAAUCAGAGACUUUCAAAUAUGGGCAAGACCUUGGAAGCUAUCUAAGACAAAAAUUCUACUCUAUUACUGGAGGGGCCCUCCAGCCUCUUAAAUGAACCAUUCUAGUGGUAGGUAAUUCAGUCCCAGCCAGAGAUAGCCCAUUCCAUUUUCAAUAGCUCUAAAGAUGACAAAAUUCUUCCUUCUACUGAGCUGAAAUCUACCUCUCUCUCAUUUCCUAGUUCAGCCCUCCAGAGCCAAGAAGAAUAAAUGUAAUUCCUUGUUCUCAGCCUUUAAGAUCUUUGAAAAUAGUUCACAUCCAUCAUGUUUUCUUUUCUUCAGACUAAAAUACCACCAGUUGCUUCA